AUGGAGAGGCAGAAACAGACGAGGAGGAAAUAUGUACCUUGUUCACGAGGAGGCAAGGUUGGCGAUAUUGCGGCAGAAUCUCAGGACCAAAUGCCUCCAUUUGCUCCACGAACGAGCCGUCGUCUAGACCAUGAAAAUGAACCUGACCAGGUGUCGCAGCCAUUCUCUCAAGAAUCCUCGGGUUCUUCGCUUGCACCGAAAUCAACUCCGGAACAGAAGAGCCGAGAAAAUUCCGUUAAAAUCUCCAAAGAACAUGGGAAUGAAUCGUCCUCCACAGAGAAUGAUACGCCAAAAGAGCCAAAGGAUAAGGUGCACAGAGAGCUAGUCGUUCCAGUGGCCAUAGGUCGUCCCGUGCUUCCCAGUGGGAGCGUCAUCAACUCUACCACAUCGCAGGCAUAA